AUGUGGAGAAAUUAUAACUCAUGUGCCAAAUACUAUGGGAUAAGUAAAUUCUGUUCUCAAAAACUAUUCAGUACAAUACCAAAUGUGUUGUUAGCCAGACAAGAUUCUAUUAGUAAAUUCAAAAUAAAAGGUUCACCAAAGAAACUUACUUUUGCAAUUCCUAAUUUCAUCUCUGUAAAUAAAUUAGCAAACUUAUUGAAUUGUAAAAUAAAUGAUUUGGUGAAAGAUUUAAAGAAGCUAGGGUUUGACAAAGUUAAUAAUGAUUAUAUUUUAUCAAGAGAAUAUAUAGAAUUGAUUUUACAAGAAUACAACUACGAAUUUCCUAGAUCAAUUAAAGACAAUUUACAUACUGAAGAAAUAACUUCAAGGAAUGUAUACAACGAAGUGAAGAAAAUAAAACCAGACCAUCUCAAACCGAGACCGCCAGUUGUAACUAUCAUGGGACAUAUCGAUCACGGUAAAACAACAAUUAUAGAUUAUUUAAGAAAAUCGUCAAUAGUCCAAAAAGAAUCUGGUGGUAUUACUCAACAUAUUGGUGCUUUCCAGAUUGAAACUCCAAAGACAAAAAAAUUAAUUACAUUUUUAGAUACCCCUGGGCAUGCUGCUUUUUUAAAAAUGAGAGAAAGAGGUGCUAAUAUUACAGAUAUAAUUAUAUUAGUCGUGUCUUUGGAAGAUUCCAUUAUGCCACAAACUUUAGAGGCAAUAAAACAUAUUAAGGCUUCAGGUAAUGAAUUGAUAGUGGCUAUUACAAAAAUUGAUAAGAUAACAAAUCCAAGAGAGAGAGAAAAGUUACUAGAGAAAAUUGAUAAUGGACUGAUCUCCCACGAUAUAGCGACUGAAAAAAUCGGUGGUGAUAUACAAGUUAUUCCCAUUAGUGCAAAGACAGGUGAAAAUAUGGACUUGUUAGAGGAAUCUAUUAUAUCAUUAAGUGAAAUAAUGGAUAUUAAAUCGGAAAACGCUCCUAAAUCUCAAACUACUGGAUGGGUUUUAGAGAGUCAGGUUAAGAAAAUGGUCGGUAAUGUAGCUACAAUUUUGAUUAAAAACGGUACAUUGUCUAAGGGGAAAGUUUUACUUUGCGGAAAUACUUAUUGUAAAGUUAAGAAUAUUUUUAAUGAAUUUGGAAAACAAGUAUCUAAGGCCACUCCUUCGCAAGCAGUUUUGGUGUUGGGUUGGAAAGAGGUCCCUGAUGCUGGUGAAGAAAUUAUCGAAGUAAAAGAUGAAGCAACUGCAAAGAGGUAUAUAUCUAAAAGACAAAAUAUACUGGAAUUUGAAAAGAAUUUAUUAAACGUUGAUAAAAUUAACGAACAAAAUUAUGCUGUAAAUAAAUUGAAGAAGCAAAAACUUCUAAAUUCAGAAAAGAAAGAUGAAGAUAUAAUUGAUAUCAGUGAAAAACCAACUGGUCCAAAGGAUAUCAACUUUAUUAUCAAAGCAGAUGUAUCAGGGUCCUCUGAGGCUGUAAGGGAUGCAAUAUCUGAUAUUGGUAAUGAUGAAGUUAAGUGUAAUAUUAUUUCGUCUUCGGUUGGACUUCCUAACGACAGUGAUUUGAAAAUGGCAGAAGUCACUAAUAGCAAAAUUUUAUGCUUUAACGUUGGUAAUUUACCGAAUGAAAUAUUAAACAAUUCCAAGAAAAUAGAUAUUAGGGAGUAUACGGUUAUAUAUAAGCUAAUCGAGGACGUUACUGAGAUUAUAACAGAUGAAUUAGAACCAAUUUAUGAAAAUAAACAAUUAGCCACCAUAGAUUUACGUCAAAUAUUUAGCUAUCAACUGAAAAAAAAGAAUAUUAGAAUAGCUGGUUGUAAGAUCACUAAUGGUAAGGUAUCUAGAAACUCACUAAUCCAAAUCAAAAGAGGUGAAGAUGAAGAAGUAGUUUAUGAUGGUACAAUCUCCUCGUUAAAACAAGGAAAAGAAGAUGUUUCAGAAAUAGGUAAGGGUAAAGAGUGUGGUAUCACAUUUACUAAUUUUGAAGAUUACAAAGUUGGAGAUAAAAUUGUGGUCUAUGAAAAGGAGAGAAUAAAAAGAUAUUUAUAA